CUUGUUAACAAGAAGUGAGACGGAGGGACAGCAAAGUGGCCGUCUCCAUUCGCUUCUGCGACGGAGUUGUUCACAAAUUUUCAUUGAAAAUCACAACCAAAACCCAUCUCAUCUUAUGUGAAUGAAGCAGCAUUUUUAUGGAUUGUAUCAAAGAUUUUCAAAUUCGAAGCCAAGCCAGCUGUGCUUUGUUUGUCAUCUCCAAAACCAAAGCAAACAGAGGGAAAGGUAGAUGCUGCAAUGGUAGAAAUCAACUUCUCUGGCCGGCAAUCUGAUAACUUUUUGUGUGGGUUUUCACCAGAAGAGAAUACCCAAGAAACCCUUUUAUCAGAUCUCAGUCUUGGACUCUCUUUGGGUAGCAUUUAUGAUGGCAACUUCAAAGAGAGACCUUUUACCAGGUCAUUCACUGGAUUGAUCAAUCUUAACAAAGGUACUGUUGGAUUAGGUAACGUGCUAUCCUUGGAGAUGUCUAGGUCAAUCCCAAUUGAAGGAGAGCAGGAACAGGGAAGGAAGAGCAGGGGACGUAUUGUUGGGGAGGAAAAGUCUCCUGAAGUAACAUCUUGGAUCGUUGCUUCUGCAGAGAGGAACCCGGCACUUAAUCGUGCCUUGGCUCAAAUCAAGGUAGCAGAAGGAUGCAAGUUCCGGAAAAGAUUACGGAUACGUACAAAUAGAAAGGGAGAUUCUUUAAUGGGGGAAUCCAGUGUUGAGCACGAAGAGAUUCUAUUCCUUAGAUCUUCUGAGAAAACCAAAGAAACCCAAUUAUCUAAUCAAGAGCAACUGGAAUGCUUUGACCUCAAUCUUACACUCUCUUUGUCUGGCAUUAAUGAUGAUAAUGUCAAAGAGAAACCUCUUGUCCAAUCAUCAUCAGUCUCCAACUUGAUAGAUCUUACCAAAGAUUCUGAUGAACUCAGUAACACACUCUCCUUGGCGAGAUCUUGCUCAAUUCUCACUGAGGGAGAGCAAGACCAAAGAAGAGCAAUAAAGCCAAGGCAUUUCCAAAUUGAGACUCACAAUAGUUUGGAGAAACAUAGAAGUGGGGCAGUUAAUUUUGGGAAAGAAAAAGUUUCUCUGGCAAGUGCGUGGCUGCCACCUUCACCACCGUCUAUAAUAGCUCCAUGGGCGGUUUCUCCUGUGGAGAACAAUUCUGCAUUGCGUCGUGCCUUAUCUAGGAUCAAGGAAGCAGAUGGAUGUGUGUACCGCAAAAGACUACGAAUAGCAUAUUGAAAGAUGAGUGCUUCAAUGGGAGAAGUAAAUCAAGAAACUUGUCUCUCCCCAGGAACAUUGGUGGCAACCAGAGAACCUUUUGCAUAGAUUUUAACCAGAAGAGAAACUGCUGCAGAUCAAAAGAAAGAAGCAAUUCAUAGAUUGAAAAAUAGCUGCUCUGUAGCAGCCAAUUCCUGUUCCUUGUACUUGGGAUUGAGUGUGGGUGUCUACGCUAUACUACUGCUUAACCUAGCUCUCUGUUUAUCCUUAUUGUUUUCAAUCUUCCUUUCAUACGCAAAGUGCAUCAGAAACCCAUUCCUACUAUCAAGAACCAGUUGAACUCUCAGACUUCAAUUAAGACCCUCUUUCAGUGGCCUAUAUGAUGAAAAAUCCAAGGACCAACUUCUUCUCGUCAGUUUCCUUAUUGAUAAACGAAGAUACCCGUGAACUCGGUACUUUGCUCUCCUUUACAAUUCUCUAUAUACCAGUGUCCAGUGAAGUUGAAGGAAUUGCAGAUUGAGGACUCGGAUGUGUCGGGAAAGAAAAGUCUCUAGAGGCAACCACAAGGAUGGUCACCUUCACCACAAAAUUCGCAGCUUGGGCAGUUAGUUCUGCUAAGAAGAACCCUGCAUUGCGCCGCACCUUAGCUAGAACUAAGGCAGAAUAAGGAUGUGCUUUCUUAAAAGACUGCAUAGGGCAGACGCUCCACAUCCAGCGGAGAUGCUAGUAACCCAAGGCAUUGCGUAAAUGAUGCUUGACCUAAAGCCACCACCUUUGAUGGAAAAUCAGUCAAUCUUGGAAAUCUACGACCGACAACAUCUCACGAGAGGCUUGACUUUGUAAUGGCCUAGCUCGAGACAAUUGGACGAAUAUGAUACCCAGAAUGACAACUAUGGGAGGAAACAGACUGACUGAAGAAGGGAAUGUAGAAGAGUUAUGGAGAUACAUGGAAGGCCUGAACUGAGCUGAGCAAAACAAUUACAAAGUUACCAUUCUGUGUUGAAAUACAAGUGUUCAUCUGUCAAUUAGGAAUCCUUGCUUAAUGUGGAUCUUGUUCAUUUUUCUCUUUAGAUUCGAUGAUAUGAAAUUACUAAUAAAGAAGCAUCAAAUUGGUGAACGCGGUUGAUUUAUAGUAUUUGUAUGGAAUGCUACUUUUUCUUCU